UCUCGAUCGCCACGAUCUUCGCGGUGCUCGUCUUUCGAUCGCCGUCACUCGGCGUCGAAAAAUGUAAAGAAACGAGAGAGAGAUCGAGAAUCGAUUUUUUUUUUACCGAGCGCGUCUCUCAAAACGCUUUUCUCUCGAUCGAAUCGAAGAAUUUUAUUUUUUUUUCGCGCGAGACGAAGCGAAGUGUGCGCCGGUUUGAGACCGCGAGUUGAAAGAGGAUACGACAAGUACAAUGUGUCGCGACCAAGUGCGAUCUGUAAACGCCGCACGAAAAUCGGAGAAAGUAUCACACGACGAGAACGUCGUCGCGACGAUCGCGACUUUCGAUCGCGCGCGAAUUGGAAAUUGCGGGAGGUAAAUGGAACAGUGAGCGUAAUAAUAUUUGCGGCGCAAAUUGAACGGAUUUGGGGUGUUCCAAAUUGGGAGAUGCGUGUUUCCGCUGACCGAGAAAACUGAUCCGAUGAUUAAAUCGUUUCGCGUCAAAUAUUUAAUCGUCAAGCUUUCUCUUUAAAUGAUAAAACCGGCGCGAUAAAAAUAUCGGCCCGAUCUUUCGGGCUUUAAAUGCGCGAACAAGUAUCAUAGCGGAAAAUACUCAGUGAGAAAAUAAUCAGUGAAGUUAUUAGAAGUAGUUCGGUAGCGAGUAAUACACUAAAACACAUACGUCGAAUUUUCCACACACAACCGAUUGUUGAUCGGAAUUCGAGAAAACGUCGUUGUUUUGUCGCCGCAUCUUCGAGAUCUCUCGUCGGUGACCAUGAGGGACAAAUUCGCAUUUAGCUCGGGGGUGCCGGACAUGCACGAGACCCUGUCCAGCUUCCCGGAACAGUUCGGAGACGGGCCGAGGAAGCCGGAAAUAAAGCCGGAAAUUCGGAAGGACAAUCCGGGAAGGACCGCGGACAAUCUCAAGUGCGGUUGGUUCUGGUUCAGACCAAUUUACUUGCAGAGAUUUCGCACCGCGAAAUGGGCGCUCUUCUGGUUGUGUUGGGCCGGCGCUAUGCAAGGAAUGGUGGUGAACGGUUUCGUAAAUGUCGUCAUAACGACGAUCGAGAGGCGAUUCGGACUGAAGUCGUCCGAGACCGGUUUAAUAGCGGGCGGAUACGACAUCGCCAGUUUCCUUCUCCUCGUGCCUGUGAGCUAUCUCGGUGGCCGCGCGAAAGCAUCGAAGCCAAGGUACAUCGGCGUGGGGGUUCUAGUCUUAGGUAUAGGAAGCAUGUUGUUCGCGUCUCCGCAUUAUCUAGCCGGACCGUAUCGAGGGGGCCAGCAAACGAAAAACACAUGCCAAGCUGCCGCCAACGUGUCGAGCCAUUCGAUCUCCUCCUGCGCGGAUCAAUCUACCGUUCAAGUGGAGCUACAGCCUUACAGUGGCCUGUACUUAACCAUAUUUCUGGUAGCUCAACUGUUACACGGCGCCGGUGCGGCACCGUUUUACACGCUCGGGGUCACGUUUCUCGACGAAAACGUCACGAAGAAGAUGUCCUCGGUUUAUCUAGGUAUUUACUACACCAUGGCUAUAAUAGGACCCGCGUUGGGCUACGUCGUCGGCGGCGAGUUGUUGAAAAUUUACACGGACUUCAUCACAAUCGAUCCGUCAACAAUCGGACUGACUCCUGGCAGCAACAUCUGGGUUGGCGCGUGGUGGAUCGGCUUUCUGGCGGCGGGUGUCAUUUGCUUCGUAAUCGCGAUUCCGAUUCUAGCGUUUCCCGCAAUUUUACCUGGAUCGGAGGAAUUGGCCAAGGAGAGGGUGUCGGAGGCGCACGAGAAGCCGACCAGAUCGUCGACCGCGGCGACCGGGGAGGCGUUUUCCAAAAUACGCGAACUGCCCCGCGCCCUGACCGAACUGCUCGGAAAUCCGGCAUUUUUUAUGUUGAACCUGGCAGGUGCGAGUGAAGGAUUGCUGAUGGCCGGAUUUGCUGCCUUUCUGCCGAAACUGAUUGAAAAUCAAUUCAGCGUCAGUGCCAGCUCGGCCGCAAUGCUGAUGGGACUUGUGACCGUGCCGGCGGGAGGCGGCGGUACUUUUCUCGGCGGCUAUCUGGUGAAACGUUUCAACCUGUCUUGCUCGGGCAUCCUCAAGUUUUGUCUGCUGACCACGGCAGCCUGCAUAGCUUUUACCUUUUGCUUCGCUCUCAGCUGUCCGAACUUAGAUUUCGCCGGAUUAACCGUCCCGUAUUUAAAUAACACGAGAACGUCGGAUCUGUCGCUGGAGAGCAGCUGCAACAGCGGUUGCGGGUGCAGCAGAUCGCAGUUCGAUCCCAUAUGCGGCGUCGACGGGAUCACGUAUUACUCGCCGUGUUACGCCGGUUGUUAUCAGGAAACGUCGUUGAACGACGUCAAAACGUACGCGAAUUGCAGCUGCAUACACGCGUCGCCGAUGAGCCUGACGCACGACGGCGACAUCGUUCAGUACGAGGCGGUCAACACCACCUGCGAGAGCAAGUGCGCUUAUCUGUGGAUAUUCGUCGCUCUGGCGUUCUGCAACAUGUUCUUGACUUUUCUCUGCACCAUGCCCGCGCUCUCGUCCACGUUGCGAGUUGUGCGCGACGAUCAGCGUUCGUUCGCGCUCGGCAUACAGUGGCUCAAGGUCCGCAUACUCGGAACGAUACCCGCCCCGAUGGUGUUUGGCGCUCUCAUAGACGACACCUGCAUCCUGUGGAACGAGACGUGCGACGGCAGAGGAGCGUGUCUCGUGUACGACAAUUACUACAUGAGCAGAUACAUGCUCGCACUGGCGUUUAUCGGCAAAGCAGCCUCGCUCCUCUUCUUCUUCUUGGCCUGGUGGACGUACGUGCCACCGGGCGGCAGAGCCAUCGAUCAGAAUUCCCGCCAGCAGACCACGGCCACCUUAAUGCUCAGCGACACGUCCCAGGACGUUCAAGCGGUACCAAACACGAUAGCGUAAAACUCGUUUGUUUGUUUGUUUGUUUGUUUUCUUUUUUAUUAUAUAGAGAAGGGUUUUAGCAAUUGUAAUAGGAAUAAUUUACGAUCCAUGUUUGAAUAUGGAUAAACCAGAUGUUUCGAUAUUGUUUCGUUGUGAAAUGUGUGUGUGUGGUGUGUGUUUCUGAGAAAUGAAAACGAACACCGAGAGUGUCGUUGCGACAGCGUAAAAAAAAACGAGUAUCAAAGACGAGAUAAACGCGUGACGAACAUGUCGCGCGUGAAGAAUUUGUUUUUUUUUUUUACCAAAGCUAAAGAUGUACGUCGGAAGAAGCGUUAAAAACUAGAAUCCGAUAAGAUUGCGCGCGAUCAAACGAUCUUGCACAGUUCCUGUACACUCUCUCCUCUGCCCCAUCCGAUAUGACAAGAAAAAAAACAAAAACCAAAAAAAUAGCGCCAGUCGCACUAAACCAAGCGAAACCAGUGUAUCCAGACUCCACAAUUUUCGAGCGUUAUUUAUUGUGUAAGAAGUUUUUCUACCUUUGAAUACGUAUUUACUGAUUGUCAAUUAAAUAUAGCCACGUUGUUUCUCCCGUAUCGAUUUACACUUUGUAUAAAUUAAUAUAUAAAAAGAAAAAAAUACGUACACGUGCGUUUCGGAGAAAAAACGAUUUUUUGCCGAUACGUUCAGCGCCUUUGUCGGGAGUAUGGAUGAUUGUUGCGUCUUGUCGAUCGCGCGCGUUCGAUUUGAUAUAUACAUACGUAUCAAAACUCUCGCGCGCGCCUUUUUCCACUGUAAUGUUAUUUUUGUUAAAAACAAAAAAUGCCUCUGUGUGUGUGUGUGCGUGUGUAGACAACACACGAUUGUAUUGUAUGUAUCGCCAAUAAAAACUAGAGCGAGACACAACGAUCGUGUUUCACCUUGAAAUGA